AUGGAGCUGAGGCUGCUGCACCGGAAGCUGCGUCUCAAUAGGACCAUAAGACCAGGUUCCAUCACCCUGAGACCUAGCUGUGCUACUGGAUGGUUUUACUACAAGUCCUGUUGCUAGGGAUACUUCCAGAAGCUGAGGAACUGGUCUGAUGCUGAGCUCGAGUGUCAGUCAUAUGGAAACAGAGCCCACCUGGCAUCUAUCCUGAAUUUAAAGGAAGCCAGCAUCAUAGCAACGUACAUAGGUGGCUGUCAAAGAAACAAGCCCGUAUGGAUCUGCCUGCAUGACCUGCAGAAGGGGCAGCAGUGGAAGUGGCUCGAUGGGGCCACGUAUAUUUACAGAACUAUGUCUGGCAAGUCCGUGGGUAGGAACAAGUACUGUGCUGAGAUGAACGCCAAGAACAAUUUUUAAACUUGGAACAGCAAAGAAUGCAGCAAGCUCCAACACUUCCUAUGCAAGUACCGACCAUAG